CGCUGACGAGCCGCUUCCGGUUGGAGACGUGGCUUACACUUCUGCCAUAUUGAAUCGCGGAGCAGCGCACUGCACACAAACAGUUUUAUUUUUCUCCACAUAGCAUUUAUACAGCCACACAAACGGCGUUUAUAAGAUUAAACGCAGAAAACAUACCAGACACUGAAAAUGGUGCUGUUGGCAGCAGCAGUCUGCACCAAGGCGGGUAAGGCCCUAGUGUCGCGACAGUUUGUGGAGAUGACACGGACGCGAGUGGAGGGUCUGCUGGCUGCUUUCCCCAAACUGAUGAACACCGGCAAACAACACACAUUUGUGGAGACUGAGAGUGUGCGCUAUGUCUACCAGCCUCUGGAGAAGCUCUACAUGGUGCUGGUCACCACCAAGAACAGUAACAUACUGGAGGACCUGGAGACACUGCGUCUCUUCUCACGCGUGAUUCCUGAAUAUUGUCGUGUCCUGGAGGAGAGUGAGAUUUCUGAGCACUGCUUUGAACUCAUCUUCGCUUUCGAUGAGAUUGUUGCCCUCGGUUAUAGAGAGAAUGUCAACUUGGCCCAGAUCCGGACAUUUACAGAGAUGGACUCUCAUGAGGAAAAGGUGUUCCGUGCCGUCAGAGAGACUCAGGAGCGUGAGGCUAAGGCAGAGAUGAGACGGAAGGCUAAAGAGCUUCAGCAGAUACGACGUGAUGCUGAGCGUGGAAAGAAGGGACCGGGCUUCGGUGGUUUUGGCAGCUCGGGCAUGAGCAGCAGCAACACGACAAUCAUCACAGACACGCUAAUCGAGCAUGAGAAACCCAAACCCACUCCUGUACCUGUCAGGUCCAGUGGUCAAAGUAAAGCGCUUAAACUGGUUGGCAAAGGAAAGGAGGUUGAUGACUUUGUGGACAAACUAAAGUCAGAGGGAGAGAAUAUCAUCUUGCCCAGCACAGGCAAAAGACCAUCAGAGGCAUCCAAAUCUCUGCCGCCUCCAACCCACACAGAGAGUGUGCAUAUGCGAGUGGAGGAGAAGAUCACCCUCACGUGUGGCCGUGAUGGUGGCCUUCAAAACAUGGAAGUGGUUGGCAUGAUUACUCUCAGAGUGUCUGAUGAAAAGAAUGGGCGAAUUAGGCUGAAAGUCAACAAUAAUGACAAGAGGGGCAUGCAGUUGCAGACCCAUCCAAAUGUGGAUAAAAAACUUUUCACAGCAGAGUCCGUGAUUGGUCUGAAAAACCCAGACAAAUCCUUCCCUCUGAAGAGUGACGUGGGUGUGCUGAAGUGGAGGCUACAGACCACAGAGGAAUCUCUCAUUCCACUAACAAUAAACUGCUGGCCCUCUGAGAGUGGUACUGGCUGUGAUGUAAACAUUGAGUAUGAGCUGCAGGAUGAAUCUCUGGAACUCAAUGAUAUAGUCAUUUCUAUCCCUGUACCGUCAGGGGUAGGGGCUCCUGUGAUUGGUGAUCUAGAUGGAGAAUAUCGUCAUGACAGCAGACGGAAUGUCCUGGAGUGGUGUCUGCCUGUGAUUGAUGUGAAGAAUAAGACUGGUAGCCUGGAAUUCAGCAUACCUGGUCAGCCCAAUGACUUUUUCCCUCUCAGUGUCUCCUUUGUCUCUAAGGGCAGCUACUGUGACAUUCAGGUCACUCAGGUGUCUCAGGUGGAUGGGGACAGCCCGGUUCGGUUCUCCACAGAAACGUCAUUUGUGGUUGACAAAUAUGAAAUAUUGUAAAAGGAAACAUCACUAACAAAAUUACACCCAACUUGACAGAGGAGCAGAUAAAUGGACUGAAAACAUUCAUAUAAAUAAAAGAAGGGAGAGACAUGUAAAUGGAGGGACGAUGCAAUCUUUAUCAUCUUCAGAUCUUCUGCAGUACAUUAACAGGAUUCCCCUUGUUGUUGUUGUUUUGUUUUUUUUCCCCCUGAAAAGAAAACAAAGUUGGUUUAGUCUUUGCUGGCAAUAUUGGCUCCAAUUGUACCCAAUUUGGUUCACAAAGCAACCCUCUUUUUAAUGGCCAAACCAGUCAGUGAGGGUUGGGGCUAAAAUGGAGACUGUAUCAGGAAGGAGUGGGCUGGUGUAGCUUUAUUUAUUUGGAAGCCAUCGUGCCAGUAUAUUUUUGAAUUAAUGGUUUAUAUACCUCCUCUGUAAGGGUACGGUCAUGUUGCUUGUUUCUAUCAGUUUGUGUUGUUCUAGACAUUUAUUUUCAAUGUGCUAACUUUUUUGAAACACUAGAAGAUUGUUGUACCUUGCUUGUAAUAGCCCUUUCUUCCAUUCCGUAGUCAUUGUUUUGUCUCUUUCUUUGUCACUCAGACUCCUUGUUUUGUCUAAAGUUUAUAUUUUAUCUCCUGUUUCCAUCUGCUGUUAAACAUCUGACAUCUGAAGUCUGUGCUUGCAUCUUUGUCUAACUCUUGACUGGCUGUCUGUUCUCCUGUUUUACAUUGUUUUGGUGUAGUAAUGCCAGCCUUUAAGGAAAUUGAGUCUGUAGUACAUUUUUAAAACUUUUGUUUCCAGUUUAUCAUGGAUAUCUGAGGGCAAUUUGACCACCAAUUCAAAUGGAAAAACAUUUAAAGCCAUUAACAAAUGUGUAUUAGAGAGAGAUGAUUUCAUUCAAGAUGACAACAUUGCAGUCAGAAAAACUUAUUGCUUCAAAAAUGAGUGCUCAGUCUGUCUGCUUUAUAUCAUGUUUUCUAUUGAAAGCAAAAACUUCAGGCUUGGACUUUCUUACUACUAGAAGGCAACCUGCUCACCAUCUGAAACGAGUUGUUCGAGCCCUUCAGUGGAGGAUCGGGAUCAUGUCUGUCUCUGAGUGUCAGUGAUUGUGAGUAGGUUUUUCAGGGAGGGACCUCUGGUGUCCUAUCAGCAUUAUGAGUGGUGCCCAGCCUGCUGAGCCAUCAUCCCAAACUUCAGUCUCAACCCCACAUGGCCCCCGCUGAAGAAAAUAGGUCUCCCUUGCUGUCUUGGUUCCCAGUAAUGCCUUGAAUGUCUCUGGAUAUUUUGAUGAGGGGAAGGGCGUAUUAAAAUGUUUUUGUUUAUCUUUUUCCAUUGUUUUUUGUUCGGUUUUCAAGGAAUCGUAAUGUGGAUUGGGGAAUGGUAUAAAGAUAUCAGAGAUUUUUUUUUUGUAAUCUUGUAAAAUAACGAAUUAGGGAUUCAUGAUGAAGAACAUUCCAGUGUAAACUUAUUAAAAAAAAUCAUUAAAGAGUUUAAAACGGAAAAGAUCUUUU